AAGCAGCCGCCCGUCUCCAUGGCAACGUGUCAACAAGAAAGGGUGGCGGCCCGGACCUUCUACUCACCUUCACAAACACACUACUUGGCCGGCCGCGGGGCAAACAGGUGAGAGCACAGGUCCAAUUAGCGCCCCGACGUACCUGAAGGGAGAUAAGAGAACGCAGCUGAAGAGGGAGUACGCCAGAUUUCGUACAGCCCUGAGCAGUCCCCACCAGGCGCAGAUAAGACGGGACAUAGUGAGGGGCGCCGGGGGAUGGUGGGCGUGAACAGGGAAACACUGUGGGCGUGGCUGGGGCAUCCUGACGCGGUACGGGGCAAGAGAGACGCCAAGGCCAACAGACGGAGGCGAAGAAGGGGGAAGAGGUCGCCCGCGUCUGAGGCUGCAGGAGGGUCGGAGGAAGACAAGGGCGAAGAGGAGGGCGAUGACGGAGAGAGGGAAAUGUUAGAGGAGGAUGGUGAGGCGCAGCAAGGGGAGGAGAGCGAGGAUGAGGAGGAGAGGAAGUGGAGGGAUAGUUACCUGGCGAGAGUGACGCACCUCCACCUGCAGAACAAAGGCAUCACGCAUCUGGAGGACGUCGGUGCGUGUGGGGGAGCGCUCGUGGCAUACCUGCAGCACAACCACCUGACGAGACUCAUCAACCUCCGCCAUCUGCGCCAUCUUCAGGAGCUGUAUCUUCAGGAUAAUGACAUCACCAGACUGGAGGGACUACGGGAGCUGUGCAAUCUGCGUCGCCUCCUUGUGUCCGGGAACCGCGUCGGGGUGGUGGAGGGCCUACCGCGGGGCCUGACGGAGCUACACGUGCAGGACCAGCGGCUACCCCUUGGCGACGCCCUCAUCCUGGACCCCCACGCCUUGGCCGCUGUGCAGGACACCCUGAGAGUCCUGGACGUGCGCGGCAACAGACUCACCGAGAUGGGUGCCGUGGGUCUGCUAGGCCGCCUGCAGGUGUUACGCGCCGCACACAACGACCUGUCCUCGCUGUCUCACCUGGGUACUGUGCUGGGCCGCCUCACGCACCUCAAACACCUGCACCUCAUUGGCAACCCAGUCACCGCCCACCGCCGCUACCGCCCCGCCGCCAUCCUCGCCGCCUCCCCAACGCUUGAGACGCUGGAUGACAAGCCGGUGACAGCACACAACAGAGACUUCCUUGUGCAGGCUGACCGGUACCGCGCCGCCCGCAGGGAGACAAGCCAGCAGCCUCCCGCCGCCCCCUCCACCAGCGGCAGCAAGGUCUCCGCGCCCAUCCAGCCUGAGCCUCAUCUGCUCUUCAUCCCCGUCACCCCCCGCAGACCUUGCCCACGAGGCGCCCGCUACGGGGCCGCGCUUCGUGCUGGGGGCGCUGCGCCGGCCAGAGUUUGACCUCAUCCUGCGGCGUGCUGAGCGGAGGAGGGAACGACUGCGAGGGUCGUCCAAACCUUCCCGGGACCCCGAGACAAGCGAG